ACCGAAUGUUAGUGCAGUGUGCAAAUUAGUAUAGAUAGGGAUAGCUUUAGUACCGCAGAGUCGUUAUUAUUGUUGUUACAAUCACCUUCUGCACCAGUGAGUGUAAAGGCGAUUAACUGCGUUCAAUAUUUCUCUUGAGAGUUAUUUUUUAUUUUGUGUUUAAUAACUAUGCUAUAUACCUGCAAAAUGAAAUCUUUCGUUUUUACCGUAUUUGUUAUAUGUUGUGCAGUCUUCACAUCAGCUGAGCUAGAAUGUAGAAGCGAAAAUAUACACGUACCCACAGAAUGGAUUGACAUGAAGGACUUUUGUGUGAACAGCAUGAGGGGUCAGAUUGAGGAGGAACUAAAAGCCGCUAUGCAAUACAUGGCUAUGGGAGCUCACUUCUCUAAAGACAUAGUUAACAAGCCAGGUUUUGCUAAAACAUUCUUCGAAGCGGCCUCUGAGGAAAGACAACAUGCCAUAAAACUGAUUUCUUAUCUACUCAUGAGAGGAGAAUUAACGUCUAAAGUCAGUGAACUCAUCAAGAGUAGAAAGUUGAUUCCGACAAAAACUUCUUGGCCCAGUGGCCUGGAGGCUUUAAAAGAUGCUUUGAAACUAGAAGCCUCCGUGACUCAAAAAAUUCGUAAAGUUAUCAAAGUUUGUGAAGAUGAUCAUUUUAACGAUUAUCACCUUGUUGAUUACCUAACUGGCGAUUUCCUUACUGAACAAUAUCAUGGCCAACGAGAUAUUGCCGGCAAAGUCUCCACCCUGGAGAAGUUGAAGCAGAAACAUGGAGCUCUCGGAGAGUUCUUGUUUGAUAAGAAAUUGCUCAACGGUGAGCUGUAAAUAUUAUUUCAGUGGAUAUAUAUAUUUUUUAUUGUAGAACUAGUUCAUUCCUAUCUUACAUACUUUUUGUGAUAUAUAUUUCACGUUUCAUUUUGUAUUUUCUAGAAUAUGUUUAUAAAUAUUUGGUAUGUUGUAAAAAUUUCAUAGUCGCAGUUUUUUUG